AUGGACUUAAGCAUUAUCUGCUCCGAGCUUGAAAAAAUACAGCCUCAGUUGUACGUUAAUCUAGACAACGAUAAAAUCAGUUCUUAUAAUGGGACGAGAUCGUUAGAAUCAGAGAUCCUCGGGAAGCAGUCCAAGUUUUUGAACAGAUUUUCCAAUGCCUUUGAAAGUAAUACUGCACAAAAUGUUAGUGUAUAUUUUGGAGUCUAUUCGCCGCUGUUAUACUUUACUUCCACAGGUAUUAGUUGGAUAACCAAAAAGUUGAUUUCAUGCUCGGAUGAUAGGGGUACGAGAGAGACGGUCUACUUGAUUUUGAAGUUUCUUGACGCUAGCUCCGCCAGUCAUAAUAGUCCCAAGGUGACAUCGAUGCCUCCUCUAGAUUAUUAUGCAAAGUUAAACGGACUUCAAUGCGGCAACGAUGUUCUAAUUCAGCACAUCAUGUCAGGCAUAUCAAGUGAUGUCAAAGAUAACGCGAACACCUCUCAAAGUAUCAAAUUCGACAAACCGACAGACUGGUUGAUGUACGGAGUCCUUCUUAUGGAAAAACAUCACAAGACUCUCGAUCGUGCAAGUUCAAACUCUUUAUCUUUGAAAAAUUUUCUAGAGCAAGAUGAGUUGAUUUUUUGCCUUUGUGUAGAAUAUUUCGAGAGAUCGAUAUUCUCAGCAAUGCAUGAUUUGACUAUUCUGAAAGGUUUGGUCUCGUUGAUGAAACAUAGAUAUUGGAUUGAUGAUUACUUCGUUUUGGGAAGGAUUAUUUGCACAAUGUCCAGGCGAAGCUUAGACGCCGGUUUAAACCGUUGGGAAUACUACAUUGGCCAAGAAGAGGAGACUGCAGAAGAGAAUCGUAAGUUAUGGUGGGAUUGCUAUUGGUGGGAUAGAUGGUUUAUGUUAGCCACCGGCAAGCAGCCACUGAUCCCAGAUGAAAUGACAUCUUGUCUCUUCCCCAAACAGGUGAUCGGACUGGGAGUAGAUGACUCGAUGGACUGUUUUACUUUGAUAGAUCUAGUCGAACUCGACCCAGUCAAACUUGAUAUUUGUGUUUCUUUUGGUUAUAUUCUGUUGACAAAAAUCAUUACGAUGGUAUUUUCUGGGUUGCUUUAUAAUCGGAAAUUUACAGACUACAGAUUAUUUGCAAUGCCUGAUACGAAAGAUCUGAAUGGGACUGCGCGACAGCUUAAGGUAGAGUUUUUGGAGAUAAAUAGAAUUUUUCAGCGCGUACAAGAUAAAAUAAUUCCUUUCCUUAAGCAUCAUUCUGAAAAUACGUACAUAUUUGAAUUAUACACACAUUUUGGAUUUGCCAAAGUUUGUUGCUUUCAGGGAAUGGAAAGUUUGAUUUUGAGGAUCCAGAACCUUUUACAAUCAAGCGAGAAGGCCGCUCUCGAUAUAUGCAUAAAGCAAACAAGGACUCAAACUUUUGAAACUUCUGUAGAUAUCUUAACGGAAACCAUCAAGUCGAGAGAUACAUCCCAUAUUAUUAAGUGUUCGUGGUUUGUAUAUGUGAUCUUAAUGAGCAUUACUUCAUACUUCAUCGAGAAUCCCAGAAAAACCCCCGUUUACUAUUUAUCUUUAAUGUGUGGUGUAAUUGGUCUGUUCAAUGAUGUGCUGAUGAGUUUUGAUAUCAUUGACCUCAAGGGCAAUAACGCAUUUUACAGAAAGUUAAAAACUGGGACAACGAUGUCCUUCAUUCUAACUCGCAUUUGCUGCCAGGUAUACACGCGAUCGCAAGAAACCUCUAACGAGUUGCUAUUACACGAGUUAGAAGAAUUUGGUCAGGGAUGCUCAGAUAUUGGUCAAGCAGUGCUGAAUAUUGAAUGCAUUUGGUACAAAAACAUAAUAGGCAAUCACAAAGAGUCGAGUUUUCGUCAAGAAAUUCUCAAUAUUCUUGAUAGAGAUAUGGGUGAUCUUGUAAAUAACAAGGUUAUAGGCGUACAGGGAAAAAACGACAAUGCCGCAAACUAUUGGGGGUUUCCAGUCAGUAACCCUGGAUUUCCCAUUGGCAUGGAUUUUGGAAGUCUCGAAAAUUUUGUAACUUCGAACUCUUUACCAGACUUUCUUAAUGUCCUUUGGGAUGAUACUGAACUAGGCAUUUCCAAAGGGGGCCGCGCAGAGUAA